AUGCUGGCUCGCUCGCAGGACCUCGCCGGUAACGAGCGACUUCUCAAGCUCGACGACGAACUGAGCAGCAGCAGCGCCACCCACCGGCGGCGACGCGCGGCCAAGACGAAGCAGAAGAUCGUUGAGUUGGCAAUCUUCUUCGACAACAGCCUGUACGAGAAAUCUCGAUCGGCCGCCGACCCGGAGAACAAGGAGAUCCUCAAGUACAUCCUCGCCUCGGUCAACGGGAUGAAUCUGCUUUACCACCGGUCGGCGUUCAAAGGUUACAAAGUCACGUUCAAGGUCGUGAGGUUGGAGAUACUAAAGACGAAAAUUUCACAGCUGCCGGACGAUGGAGAGGCGGACUUCUUACUGAAACAAUUCAGGGUUUAUCAGGAGACGUUAAACCCAGAGGAAGGCAUACCGGGACACUGGGACAACGCAAUACUAAUGACUGGGUUGGACAUGUACGUGCAGUUCGGCAGCAGAGUGGAGCGCUCCGUGACGGGGUACGCGCACGUCGCAGCUAUGUGUAACCGUGCCACAUCAUGCAGCGUUAACGAGGGAAGAGGCUUCUCCUCGCUCUACUCCAUAGCGCACGAGAUCGGACACAACUUUGGCAUGGUGCACGAUGGUACUGGUAACACGUGUCCGAGGAAAGGCUACCUCAUGUCGGCAGAGAGCGUCGUGGUGGGCAUCGAAUGGUCGCACUGCAGCCGCAAGGAUUUCAUAAAAUACAUAGGCAUGUACGAGUGUCUGGACAACGACCCGAGUGCGGUCAUUGCUGACCACGACCCCGCCUUCAUAGGUCAGCGCUUCGACGCUGACCUUCAGUGUCAGAUCUACACGGGCAGCGAGAAGUCCGAGAGAAGCAAAGGUCCCUCCUUCCCGAUAGCGGACAUCUGCCGCGUGCUGUGGUGCAGAGAUCCAAGUAACUCCCAUAUCAGCCGCGGCGCACAUCCGGCGCUGGAAGGAACCUAUUGUGGAGCGAAGAAGUGGUGCAGACGAACGAAGUGCGUCGGCUGGGGUAACGCAGCGCCACCUGUCAUCGAUGGCGCAUGGGGUGAAUACUCGCUCGACGGGCAGUGCACGUCGACGUGCCUAGAGGGCGGCACCGGCGUCAAGACCUUCACCAGGAAGUGCAACAACCCAAGACAUAAGCACAUCCUGCUCGGUUCGCUGCCAGGUGGCGUUGAUCCUGUUACACUUGACGCCGCUUCCACCGCCGCUACCACUGCCGCCGUGUACCCUAGCAGUACCACGCAGGCUCCGACUACUAGCGCCACCACGCGGUCCAAUGCUCCCGUCGAUGGUGGCUGGAGCGAGCUGACCGUCGUUAAACAUUGCGAUGCCAACGCCACCUGUCUGGCCGGAGGCGUGACGUUUAAGAAGAGCAAGCGACAGUGCAACAAGCCAUUGCCGAAACAUGGAGGAAAGAAAUGCGAUGGACCUGCUGUUGUCAUGGAUAUAUGUCCGCGUAGCAAGGAAUUUGACUGCAGUGGAAAAUUGAAAACUGACGACAGUCCAUCAACAUCAGACGAAAACUGUUGA